AAAAAAAUAAAGGCCCUCUUUAAUACUGAAGAGACCCUCUGUCGUCUCUUCAUAACCUAAUAUAAAAAGGUUAUUAAGAUUUUUCAGACUCCCUAUUGCGAAAGAAAUUGGAAGAAAGUCGGAUCAAUCAGUUGAAAUGGAAAGAAACAAUAACUAUCAAGUAGGAAAUUCCAAGUGGAGGAUUGCAGGUCAACGAAACAAAAAACAACAUGCAAUUGAAAUCAAAAACUUUAUAUGUUUCCUACCAUUUGAGUUAAUGUGGUAUGUUUUUUCAUUAUUAUCUUUGGAGGAUUUAAUGGUGGCAAGCUUUGUAUCGAAAAAGUGGGAACAUCUGGUGAAAAGCUAUUUGUCAAUGGUGUCAUCAAGUAUAAAUCUUGAUGAGUUAAAUAUGUCAACUGGAAUUAUCAACCCACACAGAACUAUCCUUCCAAGUGAGUUGGUUAAUGUUUCCCAUGAGAAGAAAGUAUGGAUUUCAAAUUCAAUCAUUGCAGGAAACAAAAAAUUCAACCAGUUCGUAAGUAGAGCUUUAUACCUCCACUCAGGAUGCAAGGUGAAGAAACUAUUCCUCAAUUUGUGUUAUGACGGGUUUCAUAGUAGUCGGCAAAUAGUUGAUCAAUGGUUUCACUUUGUCAUGACAAAUGAAGUUACAGAGCUUGACAUAAAUUUUUCAAAUGGAAUACUGAUUGGAUACGACGUGGCAAGUACACCUUAUGAAUUUCCAUACAUUCAACAACCAUCAAAGUCAUUGGUACGUUUGAAGUUAAACUUAUGCAACUUCUUGAAGUCCAACUUACAAGCAUUCUGUUAUCUUCAAUGUUUAUGUCUAAAGUUUGUCAAGAUUAUCGAUUUUUCUAUUGAAGAUCUUGCAACAAAAUGUACCAUGUUAAAAGAUUUGACAAUUGCAUGUUGUUUUAUUCCUUUGAACUUCAUGGUGUGUAAGAGAGACAUCAAUUUCACAAGUUUGACAAUUAUUAGAUGCUUCUCACAAAGAGAGUCCUUAUUUCCAAUUGAUAUAUCUUCACCAAAACUAUUGAUAUUUAAUUUGGAGAAUUGUCACCUCAAUGCAAAAACAAACAUCAAUGCACCAAAUCUAAUUGAAAUGGGGAUUAGAAUCAAUAAGCCAUAUACAACUAGUGGUCAUCGAGAAACUCUGAUAAAGUUGUUGGGUCAUUUCAGUCAAUGUCAAACAUUAUUACUAAAUACUUGGUGCAUUCAGGUUUUAUCCUAUGAAGUAAAUUUCAUGCAGUCAUUAGCAUUUUCAUUCUAUAAUCUCAAGCAUCUGAAACUGCAAUCUGGCUUAGAAAAAGAAGAACUUAUUGGGAUUUCAUACAUAUUGAAAAAAUGUCCCUAUAUGGAAUGUUUAACAUUACACUUCCAGGAAGCAAGAAGAAUUUUAUGGGGUGAUUUGGAAGAACAAAAUCAUAUUGUGUUUGAUUUUGAGGAGGACCAAUAUUGGAAAACACAAUCAUCAACAUUUUGCUGCCUGCAGUACUGUCUUAAAGAAGUAUGUGUUUAUUCGGAUUCUGGAAGAAGUUCAGAGAUGCAUAUGCUUCAAUUUCUUUGGGAAAAUGCAAAAGUGUUGAAGAAGAUGUCUCUCUGCACACACCAAAAAAGUUGGGGACAAGAGGUGAAACAACAAUUGUCAAAUUCUCAAAAAGCAUCUCCUCUAGCUGAAUUGUUUAUUUUUUAUUUCUAAACCAUAUGUUAAUAAUAUGGCAUAAUUAUUACAAAAAAAGUAUAUGAUAUGGUUGUUACAAUUAUUUUCGAUUUACUUGUAGAACAAUAUGUUUGAUGAGGAUAUUCUUACAUAUCA